AUGGCCGAUUUUCAAGAAACAGAAGCAGAAUUUGAAUCUAUCGCAAAAGAGUUAGAGUUGGGUAUUAAAAACCUUUCAAAAAAUAGAAGAGAUGUUGCAGGUACUGUAGCAUUAUUAAGGAAUAGAUUAACUAGAGCAAAACAAAUUUUAAGAUCAUAUAAAUUAGAUUUUAGAGAAUUACCCAAGGGUGAUCAAAAACCAUUUCAAGAAAAAGCAAACGAAUAUGAAGAGAAAUUAAAGAAAUUAGAAAAUGAUUUAAAUUGGGCAGAAAGAGAUGAUGGAUCAGGAUCUCCUGCUGCAGCAACUGUACAAUCGAAUGGAGUUCAAACUCAAAAUGAAGAAACCACACAAAUUUUAAACCAAGCCAAAAAUAUUCAAAAGAAAGAUUUAGAUGCAGUUCGUAGAAUUGAAAUGGAUGUUGCUAACAUGAAUCAAGCUGGUACAUCAACCCUCGAAGAAAUGGCUGUACAAGAGGAGCAAAUGAAAAGAAUUCAAAAAGAUAUGGAAGAAGUCGAUAGUAACUUAAAAUUAGCAACCAGACAAAUGAGAGCAUUUGCAAGAAAGAUGGCUACUGAUAAAAUUAUUAUGGGUCUUAUUCUUUUAAUUGUUAUCGCUAUUAUUUUUGUUAUUAUUUAUACCAUUGUAAGACCAAAAUCAAAUCCAAAAGUUGCUGAUAGAAUUAUACCAGAAUAA